UUUUAGACGGCCUCUGAAAAUCGUCUCCUCUUUUCUUCCGUGAAACAGCGGGAAAAUGACGAAGUGCUGCCUCGACGCUCUCUGCAGGAGAACCUCACGUGAUGUAAAGAACCUGGAGUUUCUCCUCGACCUCACCGUCUGCCGUCUUUCCCACCUCCGCAGACAGGGCAAAACCCGGUGCGCUGAAGCCGAAGAUGAUGUCGCCGAACACCUCCGCCGCGGCCACCGUGAUCGCGCCCUCAUCCCCGCGGAGACGGUGAUCAAAGAGCGCAAUAUGCUCGACGGCUUCGACAUAGUGGAGAGCUACUGCCACCUGCUUAAAAAGCCCGCCUUCCUCGACCACAAACAGAAGGAGUGUCCGGAGGAGCUGCGUGAGGCGGCUGCUGGAUUGGCUUAUGCGGCCUUACGGUGCGGUGAUUUGCCGGAGCUGAGAAAGAUACGCCGCAUCUUCAGGUCUAGAUUCGGAAGAGAAUUCACAACUGCGGUUGCGGAGCUGCGCGAUAAUUGCGGUGUCGGUGCUGACUUAUUACGUAAGUUUUCUACAAAACAGCCAAGUUUGGCAACCAAGCACAAUGUCAUGAGAGAAAUAGCAAUUGAGAAAGGCAUCGAUGUGGAUCUAGCCAAAAUUCCCGUGGAGACUGUAGAGAACCCCAACCUUCAGAGGAGGACGCAGCAAGCCAGAGCAACAUUGGGUCGACUAUGCGCUGCCUGUCUGCGUGAGCCGCUGGAAGGUAAAAUGUACGAGGAUGCCGGAAGCACAACGCUAGCUGCCUCAGAGUCCGCAGCCGCAGCCAGAACCGAUGUAGAACUCUACCGAUCAGAAUCAGAGAGAAUUAGAGAUCAUUCCAGCAAUCCACACAAUCAGAAACCAGAGAGUUCGAGAGGCAAAGAGAUUCAGAACGAAAAUGACGAGAGUAGUGAUAGUGAUGAGGCUCGCCUCCAAGGCACGGGUGCUGGUGAACAGAGCUCAGAGCUUUGCAGGACCGAGAGAGAUGGAUUUGAAAGGCAAAAUGAGCCAGCUAGACUCUAAAAACGAAGAUGGAGAUAUAGAGGAUGAGCUUGAAGAGGUGAACGUGGAGGCCAUUACAGCAAUGGUGGAAGCUUCAAAAGAAGAAGGUUGAGCCUGAACUGAAUUCUUUGUCGAGGGCCAGUUCUUUCUCUGUCAGGACUCGAAAGUAAUAUAUAUAUAUAUAU